UGUGUUAGAAAAAUUAAAAAUUAAAUUAUGCAGCGAAUAAUCAAGCAAGUAUCAAUUUUUCCUUUCUUUUUACUCUCAAUAUUUUGUAUGCAGUAUGCUCAAAAGGUACAGUUUGUUGAAAAAAUCUACUCAAAAAAUGUCUGCUACCGUCAACACACGUCAGAAGACUUUGGAUUUUCACGUGGUUUAAAAGAUCGUUUAGAAAGGAACCCUUUAGUUUGCUCAGCAUCAUCAAAGUAUGCUCUGCCCACGCGAUCACCUUCACAGUCAAAAAAGUCACGAGAAAAAAAAGCGGCACAAUCGUGGAAAGCCCCGCAAUAUCUUCCCGAGGGAUCACAAGUUGUUUACUGCACUGAUUUAAAAAAAUGCUGCAAACCAAAAAAAUCUUUAAAUAACGCUGGUACUCAUUACAGCUUAUGUAGGGAAUGCAUUCAUCUAGUUACACUUCCAGCAAGUUGCACUCCACGACAGCAUUAUCACGUCACGUGUCAAGAUGAAGACUAUUACGAAACUUGCUUAACAGGUGAAGGAGGGUGUGCUACUAAUUUAUUAUCAAAAACAGUAACCUGUAAUUCAAAAGAUGUAAGAAUAUCCCUAGGGCAUUCUUGUUCGUGUGAAAUUCUCCGAGAUUCUAUAUUUUCUGACUAUAUUUGAAAAUAAGAUAUAGCAUCUAAUAACAAUAAAAUGGCACAUCCAAUAUUGUAUUUACAUAUUUUUAGAUAUUUUGCAGAUUUUUAUAAUACGUGAUUUUAUUAUGUGUGAUUUAACACCGUUUUAUUUUUUUAAGAAAAAUGUUUUAAAGAAAAAAGGUAAUGCAAAAAUGUUA